CUCACCUCCCGUCAGACUUCACCCUCUUUACUGCACACUCACCUUACAUGGCUACAUUGUCCCUCAUCAACAUUAUAGACAACUAGGCCACCGACGCCCUUGACCCCGCUCAGCCCGCCGCCCCCCUCGUCCAUGUCAUGACUGCUCCCACGGCCAACAACGGCCGUGGUAGCGCCAGCUACUACUCCACGACCAGUACCCACUCUCGAACAGGAAACGGUAACGGCCACAAGCUGUGGAAUGAUGACACCGACUUUGGAGAGGACACUGGCGACAUUUCGCUAUCUCUUGGCCCUCGCUCUGGCCUCGGAUUCCCCAUCGCAGCGGCAGACAGACUACCGCCCCGCCCGCGCGAUGUGAGCACGCCAGCCCCACAAAGGCUUCUCGGUAAGGGGCUGCUUGACCCACACGCCAGCGGCGUUCCACAACGGUCUGCCAGUGCAGCGCCGUCGACACCGCAACGCGGUGAAGCCAGCGGCGGUGUAGAGAGGCCGCUUUCUGCGAUGCAGAACGGCACACGGCAUCCGUCGUCAACAUCAACAACGUCAUCUGCCGAUCUUCCAUCCACCCCAACCAUCAGCAUCAAUACCCCGUCCUCACUGGCGUCCCGCAGACCCGGCGUCACCCGCUCGCGGAGUCUGAGCGUCAAAAUCCCGACCGUGGACCUCGCGUCGCGGGGAAACGACCCGGCGUCGGCGACAGUCACGAGCUCGGCGACGACGUCGGCAGGGCCGUUCGCCAAGAAACUCCUCGACCCGAACACGUCGUCGCCUCUUGUCGCAAGCCCACGACCCCCGCCCCUUGUUGAUGACGACUGCGCGCAGAAAAUGAGCCGAUGGGUCAAGGAGAUUGUCGUGUGCAACUUUGAUCUCGAGCGUGGGCCCGUGGUGGAGCGCCGCGCAGUCGGCCGGAGAUGGGGCACGGGCGAGAAGGAGAAUGUCGCCUUCUCGUCCUUCCCCGACACGUCACUCUUCACCGAGGGGAGUAUCCAGUUCUCGUUCAAGAUCAGACACCUGCCGCCUGAUCCGUCGUCCCUGGCCUUCCCCGAGCCGCCAUCGCCACUGCCUGAUCGCACCGACGAGCCAGUCCUCGGCAGAAGACCAGGCCAUGCGCGGGGGGUGAGCUUGUCGAGAGAGAAGGCGGCAGAGUACCGCAACUGGGACGAGCGGGGCCGCGAGUGGCUGUACGGCUUUGUGUGGUUCCACCAGCGGCGCGAUAGGGGCAUCGCUCGUGGAUUCAUGCAGAAAUCCGUCGUCAUCCUCACCCACCUCCCCUUCCCCCAGCUCUUCUCUGCCGUUCUCGGACGCGUAGCGCCAUCUUUCUUCCAGUACGGCUACUCAGCGCUCGAGGUUGCGUGCCACGCUAUCGCGAGCUGGCCCGACCCCGUGCCCGACGCGCAGCUCGAACUUCCUCUCCUCUCAGAAGUACUCACCGUCAAGCUCCCCGACUCAACGGACAACCCUCAGGUGGACAUUCGAGUCAACCGAAACGAGCCUGGACCGCUCCUGGCCUCGCUACCAUCGUCGUCGCCCUUGCGCACGCUCGCAUCUUUCCUCCCAUCUCUCUGGUCAAUAUGGGAAUGCCUGGUUCUCGCCGAGCCGGUGCUCGUCAUUGCCCCCGACCCGAGGACGUGCUCUGAGAUUGUGUGGUGGCUCCGGGAGAUUGUCCGCCCCAUCCCGCUGGCUGGAGACUUCCGUCCUUACCUCCACAUCCAUGACCACGACUUUUCGCUCCUGGUCAACGCAAGCAAGCCCCAGGCUGGUGUAGUUGUUGGCGUAACGAACCCAUUCUUCCGCAACGCCGCGUCGCACUGGCCCAACGUUAUCUCGGUCCCGAGUGACAGACCACGGCCCCAGGUUCCGGGAGGCCCCCGAACCGAGACUCCCGAGGGCUUCAUCUCGCGUCGCCAUCGCAGCGUGCAGAAGGACCGUGCGCUGCUUAAGCGACUGGAAGGUUUGGUUGCGGAGGGGAAGUUUGAUGAUCCGGAAGGCAACGAUGCUCUCCGGGCGCACUUCCGCCAGCUUACCGAGAAGAUGCUGGUACCCCUCAACCGGUACUUCCAGACGCUGGUGCCUCCUCGGACGCCGGUCCCAUCGUCGCCUCAGCCGGGUCGCAGCGCAGUGCCCCCUCCACCACCGGCACUCUCGCUAUCCACACUCAAGCCGUUCUCACUUCCGGCAUUCGUGAGCCACCUCAAGACGAAGGGCCCGAACCCGCUGUCCUUCAAAACAAAGGGUCUGAGUACCAAGUCGCGCGUCGAGUCCGACUUUUACUCGUCAUUCUGCAUGUCGCCGUGCUUUGCCAGCUGGCUGAGCGCAAGGGUCGAGAGCCUCGGCAUUGCUGUCGCGUCCAACCUCAAGGCGAUGGGUGUGGAAGGAGUGCCCAGUGCGAUUCCUCGGCGGCUGUCACCCGCCCCGAGCGACAUGGCGAGCACAUCGACGCGCUCGAGCCAGGAAGGGAGCGGGAAGAGCGGCCCGGCGUCUGCGCGGGCGUCUAUCCGCGUCAGCGCCGACAUACAGCGCCACGGCGGCGGCGGCGGCGGCGACGACGUCUUCGGCCCCGUGCUCGAGCAGCGGCGGCUGAGCGCGAGCCAAGGCGUCGCGGCGGGCGUGGCCAAGCUCAAGCUCGGGCGAUAG